AGCGAGGUAGCAGCAGUGGGGGAAGCCCCGUCUCAGGUUGCCAGAGAGCUACGCCUUUCCGUCUCAGCGGCGCCUCCCGACUUUUCCAGGCGGCGGCGGGAGGCUGCUUCGCGUAGGUUGGUGCAGUCCGCUUGUUGGCUGAGGUGAAGGCCGGUUUGGAUGGCCCCAGACGCGCUCCUGCGUGGUGGCCCGCUGCUGCUCCUGGGCGUAGCCAUUUUCAACUCUGUGACUAGCAAUGAAAAUGCAACAGCUCGCCCUGAAACCAAGAAGAUCUCCUGCAGUUACAUGAAUGGAACUUGUACAGAUGGCACCACGGAUUUGAGACUGAGUGGGCAUUUUUCUGAAUGUCCUGAGGAGUACAAGUACUUCUGUGUCAAGGGAAGAUGCCGCUAUGUUGAUGUAGUACAAAUCCCAGCCUGCAUCUGUGAGAGAGGCUAUACCGGGGAAAGAUGCGAGCGGUUGGACUUAUUUUAUCUAAGAGGAGAUCAAGGUCAAAUUGUGGUGGUUUCUUUGAUAGCUGUUAUGGUAUUGCUUAUCAUCCUGAUUGCAUGUAUCUGCACUUGCACUCAUUAUUGUCGAAAAAAACGUAGAAAGAGGAAACAGGAGGAAACCAGGACAUAUGAUAAACGGCAGCCUAUUAAAACUGAUGAUAUUCUUGAGACGGAUAUUGCAUGAAGGUUAACAAAGGUGCCUGCUGGCAGGUUCCAAAGACUUGUGCCCUUUUCCUUUUGAUGACUUUCCUGAGGACUAGUGACUUGAAAAUAAAUAAGGAUAAAUAAACACGGGUAUAUAACUUACUGUUCACUUGAAACUAUUUGUGAUAUCUGAUAGAAUGAUCUAGUAUUGGCAAUCCAGAAAUUUUCAGAUAUGUCUGAAAGCUAAGUCAGUAUUUGACAUUUACCUCCCUUAAAUUUGUCAAGUUGAAAAGGAAACAGGUGUUUUAUCUACAGUCAAAACAGGUAAGAUAUCUGGUAGUAUUUUUAUGUUCUACGGUAACUAAAAUGGGCACCUAUGUCAAGGUUGCAGUAUUACAAACAACUGUAAUUUUAAUUGGUGAUUUAAUCUUUUGUAUGGCUGUUCUGAACUACCUGUUUCCUUUUAUAUUUUGCUUUGGUGCCUUUUUUACUGAGAGGUGGAAUAUAACCAUAAUAAUGUGGCUUUGCAAAAUUUCACUGUUCUGAGUCCAUGUCUUAGGUUGGACUUGGGAUGGUAUCAUGCAUAGACAGGUGAGGUGAUAUACAGUUUAUUGGCAAAUUGCUGCAGGUUGGUAGUAUAAUUCACUCCCCAUGUUGCAUUGUAAGGGUUGCAUUGCCUACCCUUUCUGCCCCGCUUAACUGAGGAGGGGGGUGUCCUUGUAGCCCCUCUAUGAACCGCCAGGAUUUAGUCUUUGGGCAGGCCAAAAGCUUACUAAGUGAGGAUAAAUGGGCCUACAGGGUCUGGGGCCGGCCCUAACCUAGGUUUUGUCCCACCAGGGCCUAGCCCUCUCCUAGGAAGCUGCUUUAGUCAGUCUUGGCCUGCCUUGCAGCUGCUCUGGGCCAUCAAACCUCUGCACUGGCUCACAGCUGCAGUGACCGCUUUGUUUGGCCUAUGCUAGGGGCCAUGUUGGCAUACCUCAUUGCUGUGACCUGUGCAGUGGGCCGCCUCUCCCUCCACUGGCCUGCCACCGAGCCUCUUUCUUGUGCCUUGGUUGCUGUAUUACGUACCACUGUAGGGCCUUUUUAGUGGCUUCCCCACCAAAUCCAACAAAGGAGCCCUUCCCAGGCGUAGGGCCUCUGCUAAACUACAGGUAGGCCUCUUUCUGGUCUUGACAGGGCUUAUCUUUUGGGCUGCGGUUUUCCUUUUGGCUUUCAGCUGCUCAGUUUGUAACUCUAUUCAUAUGUUAGCUGAAAGGAAAAACUUCCAGCUCUCUUUACAUCUCAUUUCAGCCAGCUGCAAUCUACAAAGAAAAAAAAUGUCUCCCAUGUCUCUCUUCUGGGCUAAAAAUUACUGCUCUUCUCUUUGCUGAUGUCCUCAGCCUUGUUGGGUGGUAGGGCUCAUUUAAAGGAACAGAGGAAGGAGGGGGCUGCAAGAUACUCCUUCCUCCACACCAAACAGAUUUGUCCACCUCCACAUUUUUAUACCUAAAGACUGUAUGACAUAUGCAAGUGAUAAUUUGCAGGACAGCCCUCCAGGGUUUCCAUAUAGCACAAAAUAAAUAAUCUUUUAUGGCUCACUCUAACCACAGUCACCAGGUCUUCGGCACUCGGGAGGUGCCAGGCCUUAGAAGUACAGAUUGCGUUGGGGUCAGUGGCAGCAUAUAUGAUAAUAACUCCUUAGGGGUCAGGCCACCAGCAACUAAUUGUGCUGGCCCCUGAUCUGGUGUCCUGGAGUUGCACAGUGUGAUUUCCACAUGCCUUCUAAAGUGUAAUUAUUCAUGUACAUAGUGCAAGUCUGUGGGUUACAUAUAAGGGGUCUUGGUGUAUCUAUAGCUUCAGAAUGUGUCAUACCUUUCAAUGUACCGGUGGGGGGAGGGAAAUGGGAGUCUUACAUUAUUUUUUCUGAAGCACAUUACUCCUCAGCAGCACUGUAUCCUUGAGAGAAGAAACUUAGAUUGUGUUUAGCAACAUGAAAAGAAUGAUACAUCUUAUAAGCUAUGUAGAAAGUUUUUUGACUUCUUUGUAAUGCUUUUAUAAAUGGUAGUUUGUAUCCGUGUUCUAAACCAGCCUUCCCCAGUCUGGUCCUUUUCAAAUAAAUUGGUCAACAAAUACUCGGUUUGAUGUCUACCAAAUUAGAGAUGGCUGUCUUAUACUGUUAAGAAGAUAUAUUUCUGUAAUUAUAGUUUGUCUGUAAACAACAAUGAAAGAAUCAAAAUCUCAA